GAAUAUCGGGGGCGGUGCGGCUGGCGGUGCAGAAGAGCAGCGGGCGGCUGGUGGCUGUCAAGACACUGCAGCUGAGCUGUCUAGACACUGCAGCAAUCCGUUUGCUGUCGAACGAAGUUGGGGUGUAUCUACAGUUGGAUCAUCCGAACAUAGCGAAGUUGUUGGAUGUUUUUGCUGACAAGCCUUUCCUGGAAGCAGCAGCAGCAGCAGCAGCAGCAGCAGCAGCAGCAGCAGCGGGCGCUGCGGCGACGGCAGCAGCAGCGGGCCCAAACGGCGCGCGCAAGCUCCCGCCCCAGGCUGCUGCUGCUGCUGCGCUUGCUGCUGCUGCUGCGAAGGGCGCAGCAGCAGCAGCAGCAGCAAGGCCCGCAGCGGCGCCCGCCACUGCAGCAGCAGCUGUCGGCAGGCGCCCCAGCAGCAGCAGCAACAGCAGCAACAGCAGCAGCAGCAGCGACAGCAGCAGCAGCAGCAACAGCAGCUGCUGCCAGCGCCAGCUCCCCAGCACCGCCACCAGCAGCCGCAGCAGCCCCCACCCCGCUGCCCCCACCCCUACCACCAGCAGCAGCAGCAGCAGCAGCAGCAGCAGCAGCAGCAGCAGCAGCAGCAGCAGCAGCAGCUGCUGCAUUCGACUUGUAAUGGAGCUUUGCACUGGAAAAGAACUUUAUGAAAGACUUUUUCAAAAGAGAAAAUACCCCGAAAGAGAAGCAGCAAAAGCAGCAGCACAAAUGCUAGCAGCAAUUAACUACUGCCACCAGCACUCCAUUUGCCACAGAGACCUCAAGCUGGAGAAUUGGGUUUAUCUAGAUGAACGAGAAGACGCGCCGCUCAAGCUGAUUGACUUCGGAUUUAGCUGCCUCUUCAAACCCAACAACCCCAUGAGGGCUAUGCACGGGACAGUUUAUUAUGUUGCCCCCGAAGUAAUGGAUGGCAAGUACAACCACCUCUGCGACGUCUGGAGCAUAGGGGUGAUUGUGUACAUGCUGCUCUCUGGGACUCCUCCUUUUGGAGGCAAAACAGAUUUGGAAAUAAUAAUUAAAAUUAAAAGAUGCAGUUUGACAUUUGAUGGUCCUGGAUGGAAGGGGGUUUCUUCUCUCGCAAAGUCCUUCAUUUCUGCGCUGCUCAAGCGAAACCCUCGGGAGCGGCUGACUGCAGCACAGGCGCUGCAGCACAGGUGGUUAGCAGCAACAGAAACGGAAUUAAGAAGUUAUCCAAUUGACAUUCAAGUUUUGAAAAGCAUGCAGAGGUUUGCGUCUUGCACGACCAUUCAACGAGCCGCCCUAGGGCUAAUUGCUUUGUCUAUGCCGAGCAAAGAUUUAGACGAAUUGGAAAAGCUGUUCUGGGCUUUAGACCAAGAGGGCACAGGAACGAUCAAGGUCGAGGGUUUAGUGGACAUAUUAGUCACCAAACUCAAAAUCCCAGAGGCGGAGGCGCGCAGGAUUUUCCACCGCAUAGACUUGACAGGGGACCAGGAAAUAAACUACAGCGAGUUUUUGGCGGCGACGUUUCAAACCCAAGUCUCCCUGAGUCAAUCCUUGAUUAGAGAAGCUUUCGAGAGGCUGGACGUGGACCACCGGGGCCAAAUUAGCCUCGAAAAUCUGCGGCAAAUUUUGGGGGACUCUUAUGGAGGGUUUUUGGCUGAAGAGAUUUUGGCCCAGUGCGACAUUAAGAAGAAUGGAGUUAUAGAGUUCGACGAGUUUAUGGUGGCUCUUGUGGGCGCGGAAACCCUCGAGAAAGAAAAUUCUUCCCUCAAAUUGCCCGGGCCAGGAGAGGCUGACGUGGUAAGCAGCAGCAGCAGCAGCAGCAGCAGCAGCAGCAGCAACAGCAGCAGCAGCAGCAGCAACAGCAGCAGCAGCAGCAACAGCAGCAGCAGCAGCAGCAGCACUGUUAAUAGUAAUAUUCGAAGGAGUAGUAGUGUCAGAAGUCUUAAAUGCAGCAGCAGCAGCAGCAGCAAUAGCAUUAGCAGAGGCAGAAGCAGCAGUAGUAGCAACAGCAGCAGUAGUAGCAGCAGCAGCAGCAGCAGCAGCAGCAGCAGCACUAGGUGGAGGCAACUGGAGUCCCUGUUGCUCCAGCUGCUGCAGAUACGUGCUGCAACAGCAGCAGCAGCAGCAGCAGCAAAAGUGGUAAAGAAGGGCCCCACAGAUUCAACGGAGGGGAGGAAGCAGUCCAGUAACCUCGAGCCCAUGCAGCAGCAGCAGCAGCAGCAGCAGCAGCAGCAACAGCAAAUGCAGGAGUCCGUUAAGCAGCAGUUGCUGCGGGAACCGCAGCUGCAGCAGCACGUACAGCAGCAGCAGCAGCACGAGGAAACGCCGCAGAAGCUGCAGCAGCCGCAGCAGCACGAGGAAAUGCAGAAGCAGCUGCAGCAGCCGCAGCAGCUGCAGCAGCCGCAGCAGCUGCAGCAGCCGCAGCAGCUGCAGCACCAAACACUGCCGCCGCCGCAGCAGCAGCAGCAGCAGGAAACACCGCCACCGCCGCCGCAGCAGCAGCAGCAGGAAACACCGCAGCAGCUGCAGGAGCACAGUCGCAGCGAUGUUGCGGAACCAGCAGCAGCAGCAGCAGCAGCAGCAGCAGCAGACACGGAAAGAGCAGCAGCAACGGCGGCAGCAGCACACUGCACAGGAACAGCAGCCGAGGUAGCUAAGCUAGCAGCCAAAGAUGCAGCAGCAGCAGCAGCAGCAGAUGCUGCAGCGAGUGCAGCAGCAGCAGCAGCAGCAGCAGGUUCUACACCAGCAAAGAAAGGAGGCGCAGAUCCUGCAGCAGCAAAUGCAGCAGCAGGAGCAGCAGGAGAAUGCUGCGCCCCCAUGAGGGGCCUCUGA